AUGGUCACAUUCCUUGAAAAGUGGAACAACAUUCAUCCUAAGUUUGCAAAUUAUGUUAACGGACAGUGGAACAAACACAUAUUACAUUGGGCCGUUUUUUUCGCCAACUGCUUCUCAAAACAGACCGCUCAUCAAGGAAUACACACAAACAACUACACAGAGGCAUGGCACCGAGUGUUGAAAGCGCGCUAUCUUACCAAGGACAAAUGUCGCAUAGACGAGGUCAUUCAGAUUCUUGCAGAUGAAGUUGCAACCGAUUAUCGGUUCAACUGCAAGCAAGUCAAUAUGGGCUUUGCCCCUCAAACAACCAACAAAUUUCAGAUGCGGUCAAAGAUCCUUGCUGACAGCUACACCAAGGAAUCACUGCUGCUCUUAGGGGUUGGACAAUUUCAGCACGAUCUACACUUUUUCACAUCUUCUUUUACAAAUCCCAUCGACCAGGCUUAUACUGUCCACUUCGAGCUUGGUCGGCCUGGCCACAUGCCACGACUCCGGAAGUGUACAUGUGCACAUUUUCUGCAAUUUGCAAGUGCAUGUAAACACAUGUACUAUUUCGCUCGUGAGCAUCAAAUGCUGGUAAUUGAGCAGGUGGAUCCAUCCGAGUGGCACAACCCAACGACAUGGGCACCGGAACCCUCACAGCGUAGAGAGCUCAUCUUAAUUGAUGAUGUUGACUCGGACAUCAAAAUCGUCAACCCAAAAACUAGCUCAAAACAAAUGAGAGGAAAAGAAAACCACAACUCAGCAGCAGACACUUCCACAAAGCGAACUCGGGUGCACAUACCAUGUUCUGGAACGUUAUCAGACAGUCUCACUUUAGCAAUGCUCCAACCAACGCACUCCACAAUGCUCACUAGCACACAGUCAAACAAAGAGGUGGCCAUGGUCGAUAACAAUAUCCUGAAUGCAAGAGCUCAAUCGUCGGGAUUGAACACAUUGAAAUGGGUGGUCGAAGUCUUGAAAACCGUCAAGAAUAGGAAGGAUUUCGCUCAGUGUUGA